GCUAUGUGUUUACAAAAAUAGAAUACUUGUGUGAGACAUCAUGUGCCCUUGGUCGAAUUCUUGAAUGAAUGAUUGGGAGUUUUGGCUGUUAUGAGCAGUGGUAUAAUUUGAUUUCGAAAUAAGCACUGAGACAAGAAUAGGUCUUGGGUCACUAAGUCUAUCCUCUUUGCUACAAUUCCUAUUUACUAUGAUGUAUUGGGAAAAAUUCAAUUCCCAAAUUGACUAACAUUCCUCACUACAAAAACUGGUUGAGUUAGGUCUAAAACCCUAUCCUAAGAUGAUGUGAGCAUCAUUUAUCCAAAACUUCUGCAAAUUUAUCUAGAACAGCCUAAUGAAAGUUUCGAAGGGCUAGAAUCAACCCUGAUUUGAAUGUAGGAGAUCUUAAAGUUUUCAUAGAGUGGAAUGCAGAAUCCAGCUGCCAGCAAUGAAACCCACUACAAUCACUCAACCAAAAUCGCUGCUCUAUAAGUCUGUUUACAACUUACGGUUUGGGUUUUGGUUUUGGCUGAGUGAAGGGUUUGGCUUGGUUGCAAGAGGUUGAUGAUGGAAGCUGCGGCAAGAACCUGAGUAUGGUUGAGAAAAGGCAAUGUGGUCGUGUGGGGUGGGGAAAUGGAAGAUAUUAAAGUACACUGAUUGAAGAAGUAAAUUUUUUGGUUUCGGUCAUUGAUUUAAAAGUGAUCAUAUCUAACUGUCGAAAACACAUUUUCCUCAAUGAUGGCUUUGUUAGGAUAUUUAUCAUGAUUAUAUUGUGUCAAGGGUUAUCCUAUUUAUCAUGAUUAUAUUGUGUCUAGGAUUACCCUAUUUAUCAUGAUUAUAUUGUGUCUAGGAUUACCCUAUUUAUCAUGUACUUUUUUAUCAAUUUAUUCUUAUAAAUAGAAGAUUAUGAGAGAGAUCAAUCAAGCCCUCUAGAAUUAUUUUACAGUUUAAUUCUCAAGUUGCCUACUGAAAAAGCUGAUCAGUGGAAACAAGCAGAUUUCCAGUUGUGUGCCUUGUUAUGGCAAUCAGUGGAACCCAAACUUCUAGUAUCUUUGAGUGCUUUCAAAACUUGUCACCCCUUUUGGAAGAAAGCCCAAAGCAUUUAUGCCAACGAUAUUCAAUGUCUCUAUGACACUAGGAACAAGCUUGCAUCUCUUAAAAUGGCAGACCAUGAUAUGGUGUCCUUCAUGGCUGAAGCCCAAUCUGCUGUCGAAGAACUCAGGAUGUUUUUGGAAGUGGACCCAUUAGAGCAUAUCAAAAAGAAACUAGACAAAUUUUACAUGGUGUUGAUCCUUCGUGCCCUACAUCCCGAUUUUGAUCAUCUCAGAGAUCAACUUCUAACUAGUCAUGAGGUCCCCUCCAUGGAAACAUUGACCACUCGCCUUCUGCGUGUCCCGAUACCUCAAACUCAAGAAGCGCAUGAACUAGUGGAACCAUCUGUCAUGGUUGCCACACGAGGAAGAGGAGGACGUGGCACUAUAAGAGGAGGACGAGGAGGUCGGGGACGUCCUUAAUGCACAUACUGUAAAAGGAUGGAUCAUACUCAAAAGAAUUGCUACUCCUUACAUGAUUUCCCUUCCAAAACUGCCAAUAUUUCGAAGACUAAAACUUCCACUUUGAAGACUGAAACUUCCACUUCUAUGUUUUCUGAGGAUCAAUAUCAAGAGUAUUUAAGGUUAAAGUCUAACCGCUUGACACAACCAUCUCAAUCUCCCAGUACAUCAACAGCCUGCGUUUCUCAAUCUAUGAAAGGUCAAAAUUCAUGGGUAAUUGACUCAGGUGCUUCUGAUCACAUUUCUGGAGUGUGGUUCGGGGAGACAGAUUGGAGAUGGAUAUGAAGCUGGUGGAUUAUACCAUUUUGGAUCUCGUCCAAGGGUGUCCUGUGUUGC